CUCGUUGUUGUUCAAUCAGUCAUUACCACUUUACAACUUGAAGUGCGAGUUACAGCUUAAUUGACAAACGCUGAAACCUAGAAGAGAUUCUCUGGAACACCGUAAAGCAGAGGUGUUUGUUUCCUUGAAAAGUCAAAGGGAAGUUUGGAAGGCGGAACAGCCCCGGAAUAACAAGAUGAACUACACCACCGCAAAUCACUCCAGUAAGGAAGAACCCUCGUUCGGUUUCGAGCCCACCUUCGUGUAUCCAGUCGCCACUUGUUACAUUUUGAUCGUAACAGUAGCAAUCUUUGGAAACCUCUUGGUCUGUUACGCUAUUCUCGUCAACAAGAACCUUCGCAAUAAUCCAACAAACCUCUUUAUUUUCUCGUUGGCGUUCUCCGAUCUUCUCAUCGUGAUCAUUGCUGUGCCGUUUGACAUUGAGGGACUUUUUCUUCAAUGGCAUUGGAAGCACGGAGAAAUAAUGUGCAAGGCCUGGAUCACGGUGUACCUCAUCACUGUACCCACCUCGAUUUUGACCCUUUUGGCCGUCAGCGUUGAUCGUUACAAGAGCCUCAGUGAUCCUCUGAAUCGCUUCCGCCGUUCCAGAUUCAUGACUCGGAAAAGAGCCUUGAUCAUCAGCCUCGUUAUCUGGUUAUACAGUUUGCUGUUCGCUUUACUUCCCAUCAUGGGCUGGCGAACAGAAGAGAGGUUCGUCUACAAUAGUGUCUGUUAUUUCCCUUUUCACUUGGAGUACACGACGCUCAUUUCUUCUCUAAAUUUUAUUUUACCUUUGCUGAUAACCUGUGCCAUAUAUAUCAAGAUUUAUCUCAUCGCUCGCAAACAGCACAACUUUGGCGGAGCUGAGAGCCGAAAACUACGUUCGACAGAAGAAAUAAAGGUUUAUUCCAAAAACGUCCGAGCGGCCAAGACCAUCUCCAUCUUCGUGGGGGCUUUCUUCUGCUGUUGGGUUCCAUACUCCUCGAUCAGUAUUGUCGCCACCUUAUGUGAAACGUGUUCAAACCACAUUCCGUGCGAAGUUCGAAUUGUACUGCUGAUGUUUGGUUACCUUAACUCGGCGCUAAACCCGUUCCUUUUAGCGUUCCGUAACAGUCGAUUUAAAGCUGCCUACAAUAUGGUGUUCAAAUCUGCACCCUUGCAUCAGAUUUUGCCGAUCUACACGAAUACGAGGUUCGUGCUCACGCGGCGAAAUUGAGAAGGGACAGUUUGUCAGCUAAGAUGCAGUCCAAGUUGUGAGGAGUCACAUGUUGUGCAGAAACCGCCUCACUGGAACACAAAACCUGGAAACAUUGAUACGCAGUAAAUAUAAAACGCUGAUUAGAGCGCACGUCAAUUUAACAUAUGAUCUUUUGCUUAUUUAAAUGUUACCACCUUUGCUAGAACCGUACAAAUUACUACGUCAGCAAACUGCACAAACCCGAAAUCAGGGUAAGAAUAAGGUUGAUUUGUACUCUCUCCCUGAAAAUUUGGAUAGGGUGUGCGGCACGCUCUCCAAAACCCUUACCCUUACAAAAUUGCCUUACCUUACCCAUACAAAAUGGCUAGUAUCGAUACCCUUUUUCUUACCAAAACAGCUAAGAAACCACACUCUUUAGGGCCGCACAUACCUAUAUAGGCCAUAUAGGGGAGUACCUCCCUCGGGAUUUAUGCUCACAAUUGCGAAAAGCAUAACAACAAAGCAACCCGUGCAGUCUUCAUUCUUUUAAAUUUUGGUCAACACUGUGUUUAUGCUUAAGCGUAAAUCCGCCUGUAAAAUUCAUGCCGCCUAAAGUUGCGCUGAGAAGUUACAAAAGCGCCAAAUAGUGACUGGUUUUGGAUUUGUUGCAAUCUAUAAAGCAAUUUCCAAUUGAGUGAACCAACCAAUACAGCGUUUUCAUAAGACGUCACGGCAGCCAUAUUGGUGUUCCAGCACAUUGAAACGGCGGCCAUG